AUGUCAAUACCAAUGCACACACAACCCCCACCUCAGUCGACACACGUGCAAGUCGAAUUAUCCAGAGUCACACCUGCAACGCUACACUCGCGAUCUGAUAUUCUCCUGUUUGACAAAAAUGGAAGCUUAUUUUCGCUGGACGCUGACCAAACGCGUGUAUUCAUGUAUGACAGAACUGCCCUAGUUCCACCCGGUUGUAUCUACUACAUGAUUUUAUCCGAGGAUCCAACUCUGGAAGAUUAUCGACUUCUAAAAUCUAGAUUCUCUUGCCCAUCUGAGCUAGACCGCCGGUUUCAUAGUUUUAACAAGUCUAUUACAUACGCGCAUUGGAAAGCGGGUCAGUUAUCCGAAAUCGGUACUUCUAGCAGGAUCGAUUUCUACGUUCAAUACAUCAACCCCACUCGUCUCACAAAAUUUAUAGACGCAAUCAAAAGCUCUUCGGUAGGAUGGCUGAGCCGCUUGAAAGGUUACUUUCUGGCGUCUUCUUACCCCCUAGUAGAGGAAUUCGAGGAAAAUGAAGCUGAAGAGUGUAAAGCCUUGGCCCAGGGCCAAGAUCUUGCUGCUGGUAGAAAGAUACAGCUUUGGACAAUGAGAGAAUUGGUAUUGUUUCCGUAUCUGAAUAAGGCGCAGUUAAGCAGCAAGCUCUGGAGGAAGGGAAUUGGGAAUGCCAGUGACGGUGCCAAUUUAUGGUUUUCCAAGCACAGCAUCUCACUUUGUCGAGUAUCUGACACGGAGAAUGAAGAUCUGUAUCUCUUCGAUCAGUUUUGCGACUGGGCUGUGAAUCCUGUCCUACUAGACCGCACUAGUGAUAAAUUCCACAGAGUGAUAGAUGGCGAUGUCGCCACACCUUGUCUCUCUUUCAGAACAACAUUCAGGGAACUAGUGGAGUCCCCCGCCUCUGCGACCCGCCUCUGCUGGGAGCAGGGAGGAAUAGUUGGCCUGAGAGACCAUCAGGUUGCAAAAAGGGUACGAAUGGCUUGCCUCUUAGACCUACUACGGAUUAUCACGGCACAGUUCAUGCGAUAUAUCGAUGGCCUAAAUUUCUUAGCGACUAAAGAAGAUUUGGCUCCAUACGAUAAAGAUCACGAGCGAAAUAACUCUCACCUCGACCAACUUGAAGCUACUUUGUUAAAUCUUUCACAAAACGCUUCAUACUUGAAGAAGAAGCUACGGCCCCUUCACGAUUACAGCGCUAGCACUGGUGGUAGUGUUCUUACUGGGUCACAAACUAAGUCUGUUAAACUCCGACGAAUUCUGUCUAAUCUCGGAUCAGAUAUAGAGGGUAUGAAGCAGACAGUUGUCUCAAUACGUUCCCUCCAAGAAAACGGUUACCAAAGCCGCUCAGAUACCCGUCAACACCAGGAGUCACGUCAUAUCAGAAAAUUAGCAAUAUUAGCUACAAUCUUUCUCCCACUAAGUCUCGCUACCGGCCUCUUAAGUAUGCAGACUCGUAUUAGCGAGCUCGGAAACCUACUUUACGACUACGUCGGCGUUGUUGUAACAUUAGCCUGGGUGUUGAUGUUAUACUUUGCGCUCGAUGUCAAUAAGAUGAAAGGUACUGCUUUAAUGUUUUUCCCAUACCCAAAGGCAGUUAUAUUUACGAGUCUCUGUAUCACAAUGAUAUCAUUCCAAUUUGGAAUGUGGUGGGAGGUUAGGAGAGGAUGGAUGAGUUUGGGUUUGGGUAUAGCACCUGUGGGAGUAAUGGCUGUUCUGGUGUGGCUUAUUGCUAGAUUCAUGGCUGCGGCCUAG